GACAAAGGAAACAUAAACUCGAGAAUAAGUACUAGUAUUACCUGUGUAUACACAGUGGUAUACAUAUAUAUGUAUAUGCAUACCAUAAAAUAUGUAAAUAUCAAUUUAUAACCUUAUUUGAUAGAAAUCUAUAAUAUCAGUACAGUAUAUCUUAUCAGUACAUGAUAUGAAAUUAUGCUGUUGAUCUUUUUUAUAUAUUAUUAUCAGGAUUAUAAAAAAUAAAAUAAAAAAUGGAGAAGGUCAAAAAAAUAAAAGUGAAUCAAGCUAUUGAAUUACUUUGGCUAAAUAAGAAAGAUGCGCAGAAGAAGAAGACAAACGGCCAUAAGAUAGGGAAAUCAUUGAAUAUUCACGCUCAAUGUAAAAUUAUGCAUUAUUACAAGAAAAGUAAGAGGCAACAUCCAGCAAGUUCUUCAAAAUACAGGAUACUCUCUGAAAUAAAGUCACAUACGAUUAGAAAAAAUUGGAGUAAAGUUAAAAAUCUAUUUUUAUUAUUACUAAAUUUUUCUAUUGAUAUUGAACCUUUAAUAUGGCGUUAUAGUCUUAUACUUUCAUUAUUUAGCAAUGUCGAUAAUUUAUCUAAUAUUUCCCAACUUUUUGAAACAUGUAUUGGUGCUUCACAUUCUGAUAAAAAUUUAAUACUAAAAAAUUUAUUGUUAUUGCGUCAUAAAUAAACAAAUUUUGUUAUUGUUUAUUUUUACAAAAUUUUAUGUUCACUAAAAAUUAAAAUAAAUUUUUAGCAUAUUAGAUUCAAAAUUAAUAUAAGAAUGCAUCAGCUAAAUGGGAUCACUUAAAUAUCUGCCUUGUUUAUUGUUGUAUGAAAAAUGAAUAAAUUUCACAAGACAAAGUUA